GGGAGGUAGCAAGUGCACGUCUACUUAUAACCGCUAGGCGCGGCUCUCAAGCAGUAGCACCGGCUUCUCUGGAGACUGCUCCUUCGGAUUCGUGCUUUCUUCUUUCGUCCCCCUUCCCAAAGGAGUACCCUUCCCUUCACCCCACAGCUUGGAGUAGGGCCUUUUGUGUACUCUUCUACCUGGGGCACUUCUCCCAGAUCUUCACAUGAGAAAAGCAGCUUUGAUGACAGCGUGAACUUCUUCCCUGAGGACUGUAUAAAGACUUAACUAGUUUGGAAAUGGAUAACCAGGAACCAACGGAUUCUUCUCAAAAUACCAAACAGUUUAUUAUUUCAGAGGAGUUAACUGCAGAAGGAAAAUGGGUCAAGCUUGAAAAAACAUCUUACAUGGAUCCUACUGGUAAAACAAGUGUAUUUGGGAUGGGACCUUCAGUGCUUUGCCAAGCACUGUCUUCUUCAGUCUUUAGGACUAACCUUAAGAGGCAGCAGAGAGAGCUAUAUCAAAGAACUUGGGAAACGGUGAAACGUACAACCAGAAGAGGACAGUCGGCUGACGGUGUGACAAUUAUCCCGGUACUGCAAAGAACUCUGCAUUAUGAAUGUAUCGUUCUGGUGAAACAGUUCCGGCCACCCCUGGGGGGCUACUGCCUGGAGUUCCCCGCAGGUCUCAUAGAUGAUAACGAAAGCCCAGAGGCAGCUGCUCUGCGGGAGCUGGAGGAAGAAACUGGCUACAAAGGUGACGUUGCUGAAUGGUCCCCAGCUGUAAGUAUGGAUCCAGGUUUGUCAAACUGUACCACACACAUCGUGACAGUAACUAUUAAUGGAGAUGAGGCUGAAAACGUGCGACCUAAGCCAAAGCCCGGAGAUGGAGAGUUUACGGAAGUAAUUUCCUUACCAAAGAACGAGCUGCUGAAGAGACUUGAAGCUCUGGUAGCUGAAGAAAAUCUGAUGGUGGACGCCAGGGUCUAUGCCUACGCUCUGGCCCUGAAACAUGCAAAUACGAAGCCCUUCGAAGUGCCCUUCCUGAAAUUUUAAGGCCAGAGGACAACGGCCAUGUUUUUGUAAAUGAGGCCCCCAGUCCUCCUCCACUAAGACUUUGUAUUCAGCUUCGUUUAAUGUAGAUUUGAAAUGAGCUUUUUCAUAAAAUAAAGGCAACAAAAAAUGCAUGUGGUGGUAUGGAAUUAUAAUUACAGGUAGGCUGUAGCUUUCAUUUAAAUGCUAAACAACUAAUUAUGAAAAAGAACAUAAA